AUGCUGAGCAAAGGGAGUCUCUCAGCUUUCAGGCAAGCCUACAGGCGCCCUCAAUUGUUACAAGUCAGGCUUGCAAGCUCUAUUGCGCGCGCAUCAUGUGGUAUCUCAAAAGUAAUCGCACCCUUGGAGCAACAACACUGGAGCGCGUACCAGCAACAAAUGAGAAGCGCGGUGCUCAGCAGCGAACUCAAAACUUUAGAAUCUCAGUGGCUGAGGAGCAUGCAACUCAAAAGCGAAAAAAACAACGAAGAUGAGUCUACAGAGUCUAAAACUCCUGGUAAGAACACCGAGGAAGACAAUGGCGACGAAGACCCCAGCCGUCCAGUGAGAGAAGAAGCGGACGAUGAGUCCCGGUUGGAUGGGAAGUACUCACACACAUCUUCAGCUGCAGCUGAUGGAGCAGGGACGUCCGCGCCGUCUGGCGGAGAUGGCAGCGGCAGUGGCAGCAGUGGCAACGGUGAUGAUGGCGAUGAUUCCAAAUCCUCUCCAAAGAAACAGAAACUCCCAGAGGUAUACCCACAAAUGCUGGCUCUACCAAUAGCAAGGCGCCCGCUAUUUCCCGGUUUCUACAAAGCUGUGGUAAUAUCUGAUGAUAGAGUUAUGAAAGCCAUCAAAGAGAUGCUGGAACGUCAACAACCGUACAUUGGCGCCUUUCUCUUGAAGAAUUCAGAUACGGAUACGGAUGUGAUUCACUCUCCCGAUGAAGUCCAUGAUGUCGGCGUUUUUGCACAGAUUACUAGCGCCUUUCCAAGUAAAGAUGAAAAAACCGGUGCAGAAACAAUGACAGCUCUGCUUUACCCUCACAGGAGAAUUAAAAUUGAUGAAUUGCUACCUCCGAUGGAAAACAAAGAAUCAGAGCGCGGUUCAGCAGGUGCGCUGGGCGAAGAAGAACUCAAAAGUUCCUCGAAACAAGCAUCAAAAUCCGAGAAAAAAAGCUUACAAACGAAAAAGCGCAGUGAUGUAGUUGAUGAAAAUGUUGAUGAAGCCAACCCCACUGAAUUUUUAAAAAACUACCAAAUAUCACUGGUCAACGUUUCGAACUUAGAGGACAAGCAAUUCGAUAGAAAGUCGCCGGUUAUAAAUGCUUUGACAUCGGAGAUCUUAAAAGUUUUCAAAGAGAUAUCGCAGUUGAAUACUAUGUUUAGAGAACAGAUUGCCACCUUUUCGGCAUCAAUACAAUCUGCUACAACAAACAUAUUCGAAGAGCCUGCGCGCCUUGCCGAUUUUGCUGCUGCAGUCUCUGCCGGGGAAGAGGAAGAACUUCAAGAAAUACUUGAAUCCCUAGAUAUUGAACAGAGGCUAGAAAGGUCUCUAGUUGUUUUGAAGAAGGAACUCAUGAAUGCUGAACUCCAGAACAAAAUUUCCAAGGAUGUGGAAACUAAGAUUCAAAAGAGACAGCGCGAAUACUACCUUAUGGAACAAUUGAAGGGCAUCAAAAGAGAACUGGGCAUAGAUGAUGGACGGGACAAGCUCAUUGAAACCUUUAAAUCUAGGGUCGAGAAGUUACAACUUCCAGAAAAUGUACAGAAAGUUUUCGAUGAUGAAGUUAAUAAGCUUGCCACUCUCGAGACAUCAAUGUCGGAAUUCGGCGUUAUAAGAAACUACCUUGAUUGGAUCACUUCCUUACCUUGGGGAGUAACCUCUAAGGAACAGUACUCAAUUCCUCUGGCAAAGAAAAUAUUAGACGAAGAUCAUUACGGACUCAAAGAUGUCAAGGACAGGAUCCUAGAGUUCAUUGCCGUUGGAAAAUUAUUAGGGAAGGUUGACGGCAAAAUAAUAUGUUUUGUUGGACCUCCCGGUGUGGGUAAGACCUCCAUAGGAAAAUCUAUUGCUAGGUCAUUAAAUCGUCAAUUUUUCAGAUUUUCUGUGGGUGGCAUGACAGAUGUGGCUGAAAUUAAGGGACAUAGAAGGACUUAUAUUGGAGCCCUACCUGGCCGUGUUAUCCAGGCCCUAAAGAAAUGCGAAACUCAAAAUCCAUUAAUCCUUAUCGAUGAAAUCGACAAAAUCGGCCAUGGUGGUAUUCAUGGUGAUCCAGCGGCCGCGCUCCUUGAGCUUUUGGAUCCCGAACAGAACAAUAGCUUCUUGGACAAUUACCUAGACAUCCCCAUUGACUUAUCAAAAGUUCUUUUUGUGUGCACAGCAAACUCUCUUGAGACCAUUCCAAGACCACUUCUAGAUAGAAUGGAGAUAAUUGAACUUACUGGAUAUGUUGCCGAAGAGAAAAUAAAAAUUGCAGAGCAGUAUCUAUCUCCUAGCGCAAAACGCGAUGCAGGCCUUGAGAACGCUCAUGUCGAUAUUUCCGAAAGUGCUAUUGUUGCAUUAAUGAAGUAUUACUGUAGGGAAAGCGGUGUCAGAAACUUGAAAAAACAUAUCGAAAAGGUUUAUCGCAAGGCCGCUUUGAAUGUCGUGAAACAACUUAAAAUAGAUGACAAUCCCGUAAACACUGUUGACGAGUCUGGUAAAAAAACGAGAGCUAGCGCUGGCCAAAGCCCCAAGGGAGAAAUUGUUGGCUCCACCGAGAGUUUAGCUGAAAAGGAUGGCAAGUUGCAGGUGGAAAAAACUCACGAUAACAAGGAAGCCUUGGUUGUUCCUGGCGAUAUUGAGGUGAACGUGAACGCCGAAAAUUUGAAGGACUAUGUGGGCCCACCAAUUUAUACCUCGGAUAGGCUCUACGAAACGACUCCUCCAGGUGUCGUGAUGGGACUUGCAUGGACAAGCAUGGGUGGUUGUUCAAUGUAUGUGGAAUCAGUUCUCGAACAGCCAAUCACAGACAAAUCCAUUCCUUCAUUAGAACGUACUGGCCAAUUAGGGGAUGUCAUGAAAGAAUCUUCACGUUUAGCUUAUUCUUUCGCUAGAAUGUUCUUGACCAAGAAAUUCCCAGAAAACAGAUUUUUCGAAAAAGCUGCGAUACAUGUUCAUUGCCCAGAAGGCGCUACACCCAAGGACGGUCCCUCUGCGGGUGUCACGAUGGCUUCCUCUUUUCUUUCGUUAGCACUCAACAAACCGCUGGAGCCUACAGUAGCAAUGACAGGUGAGCUUACAUUAACCGGAAAAGUACUGCGUAUUGGUGGCUUACGUGAAAAAGCGGUCGCGGCAAGAAGAUCUGGUGCCAAGACUAUCAUCUUCCCCAAAGACAAUAUGAAUGAUUGGGCUGAUCUACCCGACCACGUUAAGGAGGGAUUAGAGCCCCUUGCCGCGGACUGGUACGACCAAAUCUUUGACAAACUUUUCUCUGAUGUCUCAAAGGAGAGUGGUGAUUCAGUUUGGAAAGCAGAGUUCGAUAAAAUUGAUGCCAAAGAAGCCAAAAACAAGAGUUGA